CCACGUCCAAGGUGGAGCCGUUCGAGAAACAUGCAGGAAGCCUGGCACCCCAAGAAGCCCUGCACCCCAAGAUAGCUUGCACCUAGAGGUGCCUGUCACCUAGAAGGUGUUCGGUCACUGGGGCCAGGAUUUUUAUUUCUGUCUUGUCCCGGUCACGGGGCAGCCCCACACUCUGCCUGACUGGGGCUCAUUUUGCUGACAGAGUGAGCAAAUUUGGGGGCUGAGGGGACUUGCCCAAGGUCACACGGUGAGUAGCCCCGACCCCAGGGCUCCCUGCUCCACACCCACUGUCAGCCUCAGACGUCCACCUGGGCUGAGAAACCCCCCCUCCUGGCCCAGGCGCCUGGGCUCCCAGCAUCUAUCCCAAGCAGUGGGGGGACAAUCUGUCCUGAUGCCCAGGCCUGGUGACCGAGCUGCCUGCACAGCCAGAUGUCAAGGCCGCUGACCGUCCCCCUGCUGCCUUCGGGCUGUGUGUGGGGCAGAGCUUGGGAGCAGAGGGCAGGGGGCGGGACAGAAGGGGAACUGCCGACGGCAGGGAGGGCCCGCCUGGGACGGAGGGGCUGGUGUGUUUCCCCACCUGCUCCCGCCCAGGGACACCGGCACCUGCAGCAACCAUGUGUGAUGGGGGCAGGCGUGGGCACCCAGGAGGGGCCCUGCCGGCUCGGGGGGCCCCAGGACCGACAGCGCCCUCAGUCGCGGGCUCACCCCGCGGACACUGAGCCAGGGAGGAUGUUUGGGUUUGUCGUCCAAGCCUCGCACACACCAGGAGGAGCUCCAGUAGCCAUCUUCUCUUACAGGUCUUGUCGGGAGUCGCCACCACGGCACGGCCACGCAGCUGCACCUCCUCUUUCCGGGACGCUCGGCAGUGUCGCAGAGACCUCGAGAUGUGGCUCACGCAUCGCGGCUCCGAUACCCAAAGAAACGCAAAGAAGCGCGGCCCCGGCAGUGAGAAGCGCCCCCGAGCCCCGUGACCCCCGAGAAGGCGAAGUUUGCGAAAUCCCUCCCUGCCCACACCCCGUGCCCCCGGCAUUCUGGAAAACGCCCUCUGGGCUCAGCCUUGCCAGGGCCCCUCCUUCCCGCUCUCGGCCUCAGAUGAGCAGCCGAAACACGUGUGCCCAUGGGGACAAAACACUUGUUCCCCAAAUUUUGCUUGAGCUCCCCUUCCUCCCCAAGACCCUGAAGUUUGAGGGCAACUUGAAGAAAAUGGGGGGCCACCCCAGCCCGGCGUCUUCUCUCAUCUCCUGAGAUGACAUGAGCCUGCCUGUGUCCCACUGCCCACACCCUGUGUGUUCUCUGUAGAAGACCCUGUAGCCCGACUCCUGAGAUGCCUGCAGACCUCUCCCCUUUACAAUAAGCCUUUGAAAUAAAGUC